AUGGCCGCAGCAGCAGCAGCAGAAGAAGAAUCCAAAGCGACGACCAGAUUGAAACUGUUGAUUGACACCAAAGGCAAGAGAGUGCUGUACGCAGAAGCCGGCAAAGAAUUCGCAGACUUCCUGUUUCAGAUUCUCUCUCUGCCGUUAGCCACAAUCGUAAGUCUUCUGCGAAAACGAGACACCUUCGGCUCGCUAACGAACCUGUACGAAAGCAUGGAGAAUCUUAACGAUUCCUACAUGCAAUAUACCGGGACCAAAGAUUCUACUCUGAAACCAGUGCCCCCCGUUAACGUUCCUCUGCUUGGCGUCGGUAACAAAAUCUCCAAGUGCUCCGUAGGUUCGAGUUUUGCUUCAAAAGACCGGAACGCAACUUGUCCGAGCUGCAAGAAGAAACUUUUCUUGUGUUGCAAGUAUAAAGAGAUGCGCAAUGCAGGAUUAAUUUUCAAGGAUAUGGUUACUUACAUGGUGAUGGAUGAUUUGACCGUUACGCCCUUGUCUACGAUGUCUAGCAUUGCGUUGCUCCGUAAACAUCAUAUUAACCAAUUUAGUGAUCAAUUGGAGGAAAAGAUUGUUGAUAUUGGCAUGGAUGAGGCUUUGAAGCUGUUGAAUGCUACUUUGCGGACUAAGAAGGUUCUUACCGAUGUCUUCCUCGAGAACUCGUGUUCGGUGAAACGAGAGGUAGAUAUAAUAUAG